GGCCAGGGUACGUCACUGUACUCGUCUUCUAUUUAUUUAGUUGUUCUAUCACUAUUUGGCUGCUUAUGUAUAUGUGGGAUUCACCUCGAGCAUCGGGGUACCAGGAACCGGGGUAAUUCGGUCGCUGCCUACAGGUACUGUUGACCAGAGGACCUCGGACGACUUGGUCAACGCAGAGGACAACUCACCUUUCGGGUCAUGGAGAUGCAACCCACAUUCCAGACAUGUCACACCAAUAUGUCCGUCUUCUCAUCUUCCCGACAGGAUCAGAGACAUAUAAAUAUGAGAAGCUGUCGUCGGUGGAGACAUUGUGGAGAAAGAGUUUAUAUGCUAGUCUUUUUGAAGGUUGCUGGAUUUAUAAGAUAUUUAAUUCAAAAGUAGCUAGAAGGAUGAAUAUUGAAGAUUUUCUGAAUCGGUUUGAAAACUUUGCCAAAUCAGUCAGACAGUCACUGCUUCCUUUUUGCUCUCGAUUUGGAUCGUCCCUUCCUUCUCUCGUGCUUCCUCCUGCAAUAAUCAAUAAGACAGCUAGACUUCGUCUUCCUCUUCCUCUGAUUUUUGCUACCAUGGUGCUCGAGGAGCAACAACACAAGUCGUCGAAGGAUCAAUAAGACAGCUAGACUUCAUCUUGGUAAGAGGAAGACCCUAUGAUAUACCGGUUGGUGCCUAGUUUUACCGAUUUACUGGUUAAACCGGUAAAAAAAAUCCAAAACCGGGAACCAACCAGUAAACCGGUAAAAAUCGGUUAACCGGAACCGAUUAAAACCGAUUAACCGGUUAACUGGUAAACCGGAACCGGUAAGCUAUCGGUUCCGAUCCGAUUUUCGAUUUGUCGGUCUUUUUGCACAGCCUUAAGAAUACCCUGGAAACGGGAAGACCAAUCCUAUUUGAGGAUAAUAACAAGAAUACCAAGAGGACUAAAAGACUAAUUUAUCUUAAUUGGAGAGAGGAGUUCAAUCAUUUAGUCGUGGGAGCAAAUAACAAUACUAAAAAAAACAAGAAA